CUGCCCUUUCUGAUCUUGUUCCCAUCAUUAAUGAUCAGUCACAAUAUAUUAAUCAUUUAGAGGCUGAAGUCAAGUUUUGCAAGGAAGAAAUGUCUGAAUUGAAAGCACGUAUACAUGUUGUUGUACUUGAAAAUGAGAAGCUACAAAAUGAUCUGAAAAUGGUAACAGAGAAGACUUUAAGAGGGCAAACUGUCCUUGAUGCCUCAGUACCUCUCUCAAAUGCUGGUGGUAUAAGUGGUGAUUAUUCUCAUGUUUGUGGAGCUGCUAAAUCAUCUUGUCAUAUCAAUGAGCAAGCCAAGGCACCUACACUGGAGUUGGAAAAGUGGCAAUUGGAACUGGAAAAACUAAAAUAUCUUCAUGAAGAAAAGACUGAAGUGUUUGAAGCUCAGAUCCAGUCUCUACGAAAGGCAUUGUCAGAAUCACAAAAAAACUGUGAAGAUUUGAGCGGAAGAUUAAAACAUCAGCAUUUGAUCAAUGCAGCAAAUAGUUCUAGUAGGCCUGGUGGGCUUUGCUUAAAUUGUGCACAGCAUGAAGCAGUUCUUUCCCAGACUCAUUCAAAUGUCCAUAUGCAAACUAUUGAAAGACUAACAAAAGAGAGAGACGAGUUAAUGACAGCACUUUCUACAAUAAGAAUAAACUUAAAUGAAAUGCAACAGAGGGAAUGCAGUGCUUAUGAACAAGUAAAACAAGCAGUACACAUGACUGAAGAAGCUAAUUUGGAAAGAACUAAGGCUUUAGUCCAGUGUGAACAGCUUAAAAGUGAAAUGGAGAGGCAGAGAGAUCGCCUUGAAAAAGAGUUAACACUUCAGCUAGAUAAGAGAGCUGGAGAGCGAGAAGCAGUUCGUGAAGAAAUGAAGAAAGAAAAAGAAAACCUGUCAUCACUGGUAAUGUCUUUAUCUCAGAAUGUUGCUGGUCUGGAGACUCAGAUUGACAGAAUUACAAGGGAAAAGACCUCUCUAACCAAUCAGCUGGAAGAAGCUCAGAACCAGCAUGCUUCUCGUGAAAUGGAGAUCAAUAAGGUGUGUGGAGAAAUACGUUAUCAAUUGAAUCAGACCAAAAUGAAGAAGGAUGAAGCAGAAAAGGAGCACAGGGAGUAUAGGACAAAAACAAUAAGGGAACUUGAAGUUAAAGAUCAGCAAAUUGAGAAAUUACAAGUAUUGCUUAAUGAAAACAAACAGCGCUUAGAACAAGCACAGCAGGAUACUGCAAAAGCUAAAGAUGAAUGUCUGAAACUAACAGAAUUGCUGGGCAAAGCUGAGCAACAACUGCAUUUUCUCAGAUUAGAAAAAGAGAACAUUCAGCAUAGCUUUAGCAAUGAGGCAAAGACCCGAGUCCUUCAGGCUCAACAGAGAGAGCAGGAGCUGACACAGAAGAUGCGGCAAAUGGAGGCCCAGCAUGAUAAAACUGUAAAUGAACUGGAAUCAUUGCUGAGUUCCCAGAAUGCUCUUCUAUCAAAAUUAAAAGAAGAAUGUUGUCAAUUGGCAAAGAAGCUUGAACAUGUCACUGAAAGAAAUAGAUUACACCAGCUUGACAAGCAUUGCCAGACUUCUGCCCAGCAGCUUGUGGAGUUACUCAACAAACAGAAUGAGCUGUACAAGGAGCGGCAGAUGCUUACAGAAGAGGUGGAUUUUCUGCGGACUCAGGUACCACUGAAAACCAGGAGGGAGAUUCACGACUUUAGUUCAUGCAGACCAAUUUUCCCUCCUUUUUUCUUUUCAGUUUAUUGAUAUUCCAUGGUAGAUGGGCGUUCUCAUUUCUCAUUGAACCAGGAUUUUUAAAGCCCCCCCUCCACACUUUUUCUUUUCUUUUUUGUCCUUGUGGUACUACUGCAGAGCUGCUGAUUUCCUCUCUCUUGUUUCUUGGUCCCAUUUUGAGUAUUUCUGUUAGCAUUCAGCAUCUGUUUCGUUUGCAGCAAUUGAUUAGGCAGAGUCAUCAAUAUAUCAUUCUGCUUUUAUUGGCUGUGCUAAAGUGGUAAAACACAGGUUGAGGAAUAUACAUUACCAUUCACAGCAGUAGUUUAUAAAGAUGAAGAGAACCUUUUCCCAAAAGUGCUUUAAACUUCCUGAUUUGAUGCAACUACCCAUUCCUUGACAAAAAUUCAGCAAAUUAUAUUCUGGCAUAAAUCUAUCACCUCUUUUGAAGGAAAAAAAGACAACUGUAGAUGUGUCCUGAUACAAGACCUCUGUUAUUUGCUGUUAAACACGAGCUAUGUUAAGAAAUCAUGGAAGCCUUGUUUUUCACAACGUAUUACUGUGAAAUAUAUUUCUGACCUGUCAAUAAUGCAACCAAUACAAGCAAAACACUUUGAAACCUGUUUACAGGAUAUUAGUUCAUUGUCAACCAUUUUUUAAAAAAGAACUUAAGCACAGAGAAAAGCAGAAUAAGGAUGCGGACCCCUACAAGUGGUGAAGGUCUGUCUUUUGUUUUUAUCUUUCAGUUAUCCUGUGCCCCACAGCCAUAGUUGAAAACACUUUGGAAAGACCUCAGUGAAGUAAAAUGCCAAUUCCUUCUUUCAGCUCAAAGACCUGAUGUGCUUAAGUAAUUAAACAUUUCCCAAUGUGUCUUCCCAUGUUGGAGAUGUCAUCCCAUCCGAUUUGGAUUGUCAAACGUUUAGGUCUAAUAUCUUUAGAUACUCAAUAACUUGUUCAUCUUCUCUCCAGAAGACAGUUCUGGUUGAAUUUCUGAGGAAUUGCUUAUAUUUUUAGAUGACUGGCGGUUGUGCAGUUUUCUAGAAGCUAUACUGGACCAAAACCGGUUUUAAAUGCAGUAUUAUUUCCCCCUGCGUUCUUCAUUUUUAACCACAUUUUUAAAACCAGAUAUUUCCCUCUAAUGGGAGAGGCUGUGCACACAACACCUCUGAAUUAAGAUGUAGUAUUACUCCCCCAUGAGUACAGAACGAUUCCCCCAGUAAGGCUGAAAUCUGCUGUUGUUAUAGCCUUUGCAAGAAGAUGGAAAACUUCCCUUCCUACAGCUCUGGAGCUCAGUAUUGUUUUACAUUCUACAAUAUUUAUCAGUGGUAUUGGUAUUGCUAUUUUCUAUUAGAUGGUACCUUGAGGCUUGGAAUGGUAGGUUAUGUAUGAUGGGAAUGUUAUUAGUCUGAAGGCACUAAUAACACAUAACACAUUUCCCCAGAUGACAAGUUAAUUUAGAAUCUCUUGUGUCUAUUUUAUCAGAAUGCUACGAGAUUCAAAAUUACCAUAAUUAUUUUAUUAAUCAUAUGGUUGGAUAGCACUUUUAAAUCCAUUAUUUAAUCUGUAUGACAGAUGUUCUUUCUGAAUCUAAAUGCAAAAAUGUAAUAUAAGUAUUUAACAAUAAAAAACAACCCCAACAUUAUUUCCAAUUCUCAGUUUCAUUGUGGUUCAGAGAUAGAAAACUUUUAAAGCACAUGAGGUUGUGCUCUUUUCUCUAAGAUGCUGAUUGGACUGUAGAGUUGUUUGCACUACUUAGUGCUUGAGGACUUCAAUAAGCCAUUUUAGAUAUUAGUUUGAAACAAUGGCAGCAGGUCAGAUAAAUAUGUCAUUCUGAAUGGUUUUAUAAGUAGUUUGAUGAUCAUUGAUUUUUUUUUAUCCUCAUAUAGUAGGAUAUAAUAAUAUAAUAUAUAAUCCCCAGACAAAACUGUCUUCUAUUUGAAGUUGCUUUUCCUACAUAUAUCAUAUUCUCCUUAGAGCUUGAUAUGAUGGUAGCAGACCUUUAUGUUUAAUAAAUGUCAGUCUAGCCAAACAUCAUAUAACAUUAAUGUUGGGCUGAAUUCAAAGAACAAAAAGGGUAUGGCGGUGGAAGUGGCUGAUUCUUCAAUCCCUGCCUAUGGCUCUAACUAUGACUUACCUUUAUAAAUAUGGUCUUAAAGUAUGAACUUGUCCUAGCAUUACAAAGCAAGUAUAUUUGCUGUAAGUAUUCUUCAGCAGCUAGUAGGGUCUGAAAGAGCUGUGCUUCUCUGGGGCUCUACUGCUGCAUUUAUCUAUCUAGCUACAGUGGGGCAAAAAAGUAUUUAGUCAGCCACCAAUUGUGCAG